ACACGGUCAUAUACGACGGUGACCAUUCGAAGUCUUGAGUUAAUGUCAUAUUUCACAAUAACGACGGCAACUAUCGGAUAACGUGUUGUAACCAUGUGCUGACGGUAUUGUGGCUCGGUGGUCAAAGCACUCGUACGAUACUGCUACGGAUGAUGACCCACUAGCUCACAUUUGUAAAAUUAACGUGCGCCGUUCAACAGGUGUUGAACAGCAACAUAAUAUCGCACAUGCUACUCUGAGUCUUGUAUUUAGUUCUAAUUUAUGGGUCUUUUAUCUUUCUUCGAGUGCUACUACGAUUCAAUUUGUUCACCACACAUCAUUUCUAACGUCUUGUCGAUCUGAUCAUCAUGCAGUUCGUAAAAGGAUCGCUGUGUUUAAUUAUACUGAUUGUUGUAGUGGGUUAUACUCCAGCAAUCUAUGGAGGCGGCAUAGUCACUGUUCUCAAAGACAAUAUUCUUGGGUCACCUGAAUUUCAUAAAAAACAAUCAUGGUCGUUUGAUCCCGAUGUUUCAAAACGUCGCGCACCAGAGUUUAUUGCUCUUCAUGGCUUCCAAUCUGAGAGACUGAUAGAGCGAAUUGGCUUAGGUAUUGAUGGACGUCAAGACGAACGUAGGAAACAACAGGUCGUAAGAGACUAUGUGUAUAAUCAACAAAGAGCGCAGUACCCAUUAAAUUCAGUUUAUUAUCAACCCCAAUAUACGGCACCUAGACAAAUAUAAUUGUAUUCCUUAUAAAAAAUAAAGGCAAAAUUAAAGACUUGUGAUAGUAUAGUUAUUAUUUUUAGCUCUAAUUACGUUUAAGAAUGAGAUCAAAAUGAAUUAUAUUGGGAAGUAUUUAAUGAAUUUGAAUGUAUUACAAGUAUAUAACUAUUUUAUAAACUGCUUACAAAACUUCACGAAAUCGCAUGUAUAUUAAAUUAAAUUUUACGAUACUUCUAAAAUAUUUUUAUUUACUUUUUACUCAAUUAUGAUCAAAAAUCCUAUCAAAUUAUAAGUAUAACAUUGUGUACAUACAUUAUUACAUACAUAACAUAUACAUUUUAUUUAAGAAUUAUGUAAAAAAUAUUUUAGAUAAAACUUACAAUGCCACUUAUGUAAAUUUAUUCAUUUUUGUGAUAACGUGUAAUCAAAAGUAAUAUUAUCAUUUUUAGAUAUUGUAUUUUAUGUUUAAACUUUUAAUAUAAGUUUUAUAUUUAACUAUU